UUCGCGAGCGCAGGCUGUGUGUGACGACUUUUGUCAACGCUUCAGCCCGGCGUCUUGUUCUUCGGAUUUUUCCGUUUUUAAAAUAACUUCAGCCCUAUUGAGUGUUUUGAAGACGUGAUAAAUGACAUGAGAAACUGCAAGUGAACACGAAUUAAGUUUUUUCUCUCCCUCCGUUCUCCCUUGGUUCAUGUGGUUGACUGAAUUUGAGCGUCCAUCCUAGGUUGUCACUGCGCUGUUACCAAUGGAGCCCCGAUUGACAGAUAACCUGAGGGUUUUGUUAAUCUUGAUCAUCCUCAUCUCUACAGGUUUAGGUUCAAAUGACCUGGACUGGAAGUUUUGUGGCACCUGGCGCCACGGCAGCGACUCCCCAAGCCUGAAUGUCAGCCUCUCCACAGGCUGUCGUGGGAUCUACAUCUCAGCUAAUCAGAACUCUCUGUCCAUCGAUGGGCAGAUCACAGCUCAGUGUAGGCGGUCUGAAGUGAUUCUUCUCAAGGAUCUUGGGCUUUAUUCAGGGGAGGAAACUCAGUUCUGUCUGUACUGGGAGCCGUUGCUGGACCAGGUGAAACUGCAAGUGAAUCAGACAAAGGAGAAAGGAGGCAAGAUUGAAGCAAAGAACUUUACUCUGUGCUGGCCUGCCAGCAUGCAGGGCUCCUGCUGCACUGAUCUGUCUGAUGAUCUUACGGCACCUGAAGCAACCUACGGCAUCAAGGAUGCAGUAGUCAAAACUGAUCCUGUCACCGACAAAAUCCGAACAGCCUACAACUUUACGGCACAUUCCGUCAACUGCAUGGUAUUGUGUGAUCAAAUGAGCCAGGGAUCCACCCAAGUCAACAUGACUGACGAAUCUGGGGAUAUCAUCCAGAUUGGACUCAAUCCUGAGCAUCCCUGCGCUCGCAGAUCUGAGGUGGAGAUGAAGGACGAUUUCAGGGGUUACAACAUCUCAUCACCUGCCCCUAAAGGUGUAUCUGUGAAGACCACUACCACUGUCUGCCUCCCCUCUGCUCUAAAAAAAGCUGCAAAAAAGACCAGUAAAGUAGUCUGCACUUUCUUCCAAAACAACUCCCUGUUCCAGGAUGGUCACAAGCAUGACAGGGUUCUUGAUGAUGUUGUGGAAAUCACUGUGGAGAACGAGGUCAUCGCUGAUCUGUCCGAGCCAAUUAGGAUUGACUUUCACCAUGAUUUCAUACCUAAAAUGCAUUCAAGGAAAUGUGUUUCAUGGGACACCAGGAAAGAUCCAUUGCAGGUCAAUUGGUUGGUUGAUGGAUGUAAGACAAAACAGAAAGGAGCGAAACACACCGAGUGCUUCUGUAACCAUCUGACUUACUUCACUGUGCUAGUGCAAAUGGAGCCUCGCCCUGUGCGCCACCUCCUGGCCCUGACCGCCAUUACAUCCCUGGGCUGUGCUGUGUCUGUGAUCAGCUGUAUCGCUCUCAUCAUUUUUCUCUGCAGGAAGAGCAGGCGAUGUAAGGAGCAGUCCAUACCCAUCCACUUUGGCCUAGCUGUGUCUCUUGCCUCCCUCAACCUGCUCUUCUUCUUUACUGGAGUCCUGGCCAACGUGGGAGGGGAGAGUGUAUGUGUCUGGGUGGGGGCAGGCCUCCACUACACCCUUCUCAGCUCCUUCACCUGGAUGGGCAUAGAAAUUUUUCAUACCUUCUGGUUGGUCUACAUGGUUUUCAUCCCCUCCCCGAAGCCCUAUGUAUGGAACCUGAUUGGCUUUGUUCUCCCUGCUGUUCCUGUGAUCAUCCUAAUUGCAGUCGGUGGCAUUUACGGAGUGAGGGAGGUGGUGCCAAGCGAUGACGUUCACAAUCCUUAUCUGAUGUGCUGGAUGAUAGACACCAGUCAGGCCUGGCUUGCCCACUAUUUCACCACUUUGACAAUCCUGGCCAUCCUGGUGUCCACGGGCAUUGUGAUGCUCUUCCUGGUCUACAGGAAGAUUCGCACCAGGGAUGAAUGGAGGCAGAACCGUGUGGCUUUUCUCAGCAUCUGGGGCCUCAGCUGUCUCUUCGGGACAACUUGGGGUCUGACCUUCCUGGACUUUGGACCCCUCUCUGACUUCAUUCUCUUCCUCUCCUGCAUCCUCAACUCAUUUCAAGGGUUCCUGCUGAUGCUGCGGUUCUUCAUGCUGGACCGGAUGCGGAAACAGGCUGAUGGCUCCUCUCUAGGCAGCACCAGCACUGGGUCCACCAGGCAACACAUGCUACAGGCCCAGGAGAAGAGUUAGAUGGACUUCAUAAAAAAAAAAAAAAAAAAACAUGGCACAUAAAGCAAAUCAAAGCUGCUGCAGUCAAGUUUUUAUGUAAAAAUACGGUCCACCGCUGCUACACUGUAGAGUCACUGUUUCUUCAGGUGAAAUUCAGCUGUCAGGUGUGGUAACUGCUGGAAAAGCUGCGCAGAGUGAAGAGUGACUCCAAAAAGCAGUGAGCAAGCUUUCCAUACAUACUGUGCCUCUAAUGCUCCUGGUGUCCUCUGGUAUAAAACAACAAAAGUAUAAAGCACAUGAAUGGAGAUUAAAGGUCUUUACGGGUCCCAGAUGACGGACCUGAACCCUAAAAGACACAGGAAAUACAUUCUAAGAUCCAACCUGAUGAUUUUCAGAAACGUAUUUAGCUGACACAUUUUUGCCCAAGACCGGUGCAUGUCAGAGAGGAGAGAGGCCUGACGGAUCUCGGGUUUAUUUUAUGGAUCCAACAAACCCAGUAAUUAAAUUUGCAACCGUUCCAUGCCAUUCUGCUUCUAAAAACGUUUUUCAUGUCAGAUAGGCCUACAACAUAGGUUACUGUUCUUGGGCAUCUCACUGGAAAUAAUGUCUAAUAAUGUUUCAGAUUUCUGUUUUUAUUUUAUUUAUUCGAUUUUCACAUUUUUGUUGUUGUUAUUGCUGUGAUGUGAGCUGCUACGCCUGCCUGGAACAAUUUACAGUAGUUGUUCGCAGUUUUGAUAAGCGCUUUUGUUAGAUAGCACAUACAAAUAUAAAUGUUGAAAUUUUAGUGACAUGUAAACAGACAUGUUACACGUCGUUAGCUUGGUUAGAUUCUCCACAAAUUCAAUCGUUUAGUUAAUUUUAGGGAAACUAUGAGCACCGAAGUAUAAUUUAUUCAAAUUUACCUGUAUGGUAAACAAGAGAAAGUCCGAAUAUGUGUCCAUUCCUCGAUUAUUUAUAUUCCUUUAGUCUUUAAGGGUCCACCAGUCAAAACACUUUUUCAUGUAAUCAAUUCAAGUUAGGAAUAUUGUUAGGCUAUCCAUCUUUUCUCCGCUCCAUCGCCAACUCAAUGACGCUGCUGCUCAGUGCUUUUUUCACCUUACUUUCGCUCUUGUAAUCUGAUCCUAAAUCAGCCUUAUUAUCACUGAAGUUACACACACAGCAUUUAGCCUAUGCGUUCAUCUCAGAUCCACUCAGGUAUUGCACAUAAUGGUAAACAGACCCAUGGUAAUUGAAUGGGACCCGACCUAGAGCCAAAUGUGGACCCUAACCUGUAUGGGUCUCAUGUCUUAGGGUCGGGGUAGACCCGUGAAGACCUCUAUUGGAGACUAGCUAAAUAUAAUCAACACUCUGCUGGAAGUAUUUUAAUCAACAACGUACACUUUGCAGUCAAAAUAUGGUUAAGGAAAAGAUACUUGAUUACUUGAUUCUUCUUCUCUGGGACAGUGAAGAAGAAUUGACACCAUCACUCAGGAACUCAUAAAACAGGCCUGGAGCCUGUGUUUGUAGAAUACCUAGACUGGGUCUAGUUAAAGAAGGGAAAAAUGUGUUUGAGAUUAUAUAUUGUAAACUGGAUAAAGUUAAGCUUUACAUCCAGACAGAGAAACAUGGAGAUGUAAAUGAUUACUGUGCUGUGAUUUUCAUUAUGUUGUCUGCAAAGAAAAAAUGAUAGCCUAUAUUAUAAGUGAAGCUCUCUUUGAACCUUAGAUAAGCUUUUUAUUUUGUAUGUCACGUGUAAGCAUUUGUUUAAUAGCUUAUUUUAAGUCUUCUUAGCACUUUAGAUUUGCAGUCUUUUAAAAAACUGAAUUUAUAGAAGCUUAGUGACUCGUCUUUUGUAUUGUUCUGAUGUGCAUAAUAGAAGACAUACAGUAUGUGUGUAUGGUUAAAUAAUAGCUUAAUGUUUUAUAAUAACUUUGUCCCAGACUGCAUACAGAGCUAAAGUCAAAAUAA